CUUCAACUUUCCCGCCUUCCAGUUAACCUGAAAGAAACGCUGUGGAUGAAAAGGAGCAGAGAUGUCAGCGAUUUCAGAGGAAGCCUGGAGAAUAACUCUGACUGUAAUCCUCGAGGAGCUGGAUGAGCCGCAGUACAAAAAGAUGCUGCUUUUUCUGUCGGAAAUCCCCAAACGUGUGAAGACCAAGUCCAGAGAAGAGAUGCCCCAAUCAAUCAUUGAGCACUACGGAGUGGAAACAUCUAUUCAUAGAAUCAAUGAAGUAAUGGAUCAGAUCCCACGGAAGGAUGCUGCGGUCCAGGACCGGCUCCGCCCCUUUGUGGACAAACUGAAGAACACACAACAGAAAACAGGCAAGAAGAGGAAACGCAGCGAAACUGUUCUGAAGUCAGUGGACAGAAAGGACGAAGCUGGUGGACAGAAAAGCUGUGAGCCUGACGAGACUGCAGGACCAGAAAGACCCAAAAAGAAGAAGAGCAGAAAUCGAUCCCUGACCCCAACCAGAGCCAAGAAAACCCCCAAGGUAUCAACGGUUUCAGAGAAGGAGUGGAAAAAAGCUCUGAGCGCCGUCCUCGGGAAGCUGACCAACAGUCAGUAUGAUGAGAUGCUCACGUUUCUGAAAAUCCCCAAACAGAAGAAGACCGCUAAGUUCAAAGAACAGCUGCCCCAAAAAAUCAUUGAGCGCUACGGAGUGGAAACUUCCAUCCGCAAAAUCAAAGAAGCAUUGGAUCGGAUACCACGGAGGGACGAGGUGGUCCAGAAACACCUGCGCCCCCUUCUGGACAAACUGAAGAACAAGCAGAAAAAAGGGAAACGGAAAAGCUGCCAGCCUGACAAGACUGGUACAAUGAAGCGUAAAAAGAAGAAGGCAGAGAGCAGAGAUCCAUCCCUGCAGUCGACUCAGACCGCAGAAACUCCCAGAGCAGCGUCUGCUUCCAGGCUGCAGGAUUCUGAUCCUUCUGAACCAGCGGAGCUCAAACUGGAGGAGCCGGAUUCAGCCCUGAGUUUGAAUGGAGCCACCAAAACUCCCAAGGGUCAGAGGGCACCUGUCCAGACUGGCAGGAUUAAAAUCAAAGCAGUCACAGCCACCAAGAAAACCAACACUCACCUGGUGGUGACGGUAAAACGGCAGCUGAAGGAGCUUUUUGUGAAGACUCGUCUGCUGGCGGAGGCGCUCAGCUGCCAAAUGGACGAAAGCGUUGAAGCCAGAAUCCGUGACGCACUGCCAAUCUCAGCCGAGGCAAAGAUGGAAGGAAAAAGGAUUAUAGAGAUUAAAAAGAUAUGAAAAUGUAUUUUAUGGUUAUUUAUUUUUUGCUGUUAGAAAAACAGACUGAUUCAAAGGUUUUACAGCAUUGACUCUGCUGGGUGCUCAGUACUGUUGGAUCAGAGGUGCUUUUAGAUUCAAGGAAUUUUUCCAACAUUUUUUAAAACUGUUUCCGUGUCUGUUCUGCAAAGAUGAUCGUUUGAGCUGCUCCCUCCAAGGAGAUCAGCUGAACACCGAGAGCAGCACCAAGAACCGGUAAACACGGUGAACUGUUAGCUGAAGUGAAUGUUCCUAUGUUCUCCCGAGAACCUCGGGUCAUGGUGUUCCUCUGGACGUGCCUUUGUCAGGAACCAGGCAGCUAAACACUGAUGCAGACCAAGCACUGCAGAGCCCUGACUGCGCUGUAGUGCCACAGCUACAGAGGAGUUCUUAGAGUUUGUAUUUUUUAAUCAGUUUUAGUUCAAGUUAUUAAUAUUAGUAGUAGUAGCAGUAAUAUUAGUAGCAGUAGUAGUGUGAUAUUUGUUAGGGUAUCAGGUUUAUGAAAUUCAGGCGACUGCAGUAAUGGAAGAAUCAAAUCUCCUCGUCCCAGAGUGACAUUUUAAAAAGUUUAAAUCUGUACUUUUAGUAUUUCAUGUUCAUGUAUUUUAAUAGGUUAUUGUGUUUUUAUUGAUUUAUGUUUUAUUAAUUCAGUGUAUUUUUGGCUUAUGGUGUUUUAUAAAAUUGUAAAUAAUGACCAAUAAUAAUGAUAUCACUACUACUUGUCACUGUAAGCAUUUUUAAAUCAUGUAACUUUGGGGCAUUUUAGAUGAUAUUAUAAAAAAUGUUUCCAUGUGUCAUUUUGUUGUCCGUGAUGAAGAAUCCGCUGUACUCUGUACUCUCCAUGUCGGGCUUUUAUUUUGGCACACUUCCUGCCGAUUAGGGAACUAAGACUGAAGCCAGGUUUGAAUGUUUUUUCCAGACUGAUAAUCAGCUGAUAAUCUGACACUCGGGUUCAUCCACUGACUGAAGCCUCAUAAACUGGAGUGUUUGACCAAAGGACUGUUAUUAAAACUCUGUUAUUGUGGAUUUUAGUUUUGUGUCAUUUAUUAUUUAACUCACGGUUUCUGUUCUUGUUUUUUUUGCAGUUAUUUCUGU